AGGAUGGAUUCUGGCUCUGUGAAGGAGGUGUGUGUGAGUCUGAAGCAGGAGAAGGAGGCACUGCUGCUGCCUGAUGGAGUGAACAGGGUGAUUGUGAUGGAGAGCCCAGUGCCGGCCAGUGAGGUCAGAGAGGUGGCGCAGCCAUCCGUCAUCUCGCGGCCCUACCUCCAUGAGAACCUGCAGUGCUACCAGUGCUUCAUCACCUUCUGCAACUCGAAGGCGAAGGAGCGGCACAUGAAGAAGAGCCACCGUGAGGAGUACAAGCAGCAGCUGCAGAGCGGCGACACGCUGUUCACCUGCUACGUGUGCGAGCGCACCUUCCCCUCCUCGCAGGAGCUCACCCAGCACCAGGGCAGCCACACCAAGGAGGACAAGCCCUUCAAGUGCGCCUGCUGCCAGCAGAGCUUUCGCACCUUCUCCGAGGUCACGGCUCACCGCCGCUCCGUCUGCCGUGAGAAGCCCUGCGUCUGCCCAGACUGCGGCCACAGCUGCAGGACCCCGGCGCUGCUCCGGGCUCACCAGCAGAGCCACCAAGGAGGGGAGAGCGAGGCGGAGAAGACCCACAGGUGCGGGAAGUGCGAGGCUCUGUUUGAAAGCGAGGUGGACUUGAUUGUGCACCAGGAGAAGCACGCCGGGCAGAGCAGGUGUAAUGGAAACGCCGCCAGCAACGCCAACCCCAAGAAAAAGAGAGGCAGGCCGCCCAAGACGAGCAGGGAGAGCGAGGAGGAGGAAGAAGAAGAAGAAGAAGAAGAAGAAGAAGAAGAAGAGGGGAAAAGCAAGGCAGGAGGGGGAGGGAGCAAAACUCCCAAACGCGCCAAGAAACAGCCGGCCCCCAUUCCCGCCCCUGAAGGGGAGCAGAACGACGGUGAAGGAGGAGGAGGAGAUGACGAUCGUCCUGAUGAUAAUUCCGAAGACGCCUCCGAGCCCAAGAGCGGUCGCAGGGGCCGGCCGGCCAAGGGCAAGGAGAAGGGUAAGGAUCCGGCCCCCUCAGUGUGCCAGGAGUGUGGGAAGAGCUUCGCCACACUGGCGCUGCUGAAGACGCACCAGCGGCUGCACCGGGAGAGGAAGGCUCACCCCUGCGCGGACUGCGACGAGAGCUUCGGCAAGCCCGAGCAGCUCGCCGCCCACCAGCAGAGGGCGCACUCCGGGGGCAGGCACGCCUGCACAGAGUGCGGCAAGAGCUUCAGCAGGGAAGGGAACCUGAAGGCUCACCAGAGGACCCACAGCGCCGCCUCUACGCUGGCGGCAGACAACGCCCCUGCCAGAAAUACGACAGCGUUAGUUACAAAGAAAGCUGUAAAGAAAGGGCGCGUUUCCAAACAACAUCGCGGGGAAAAAAACAAAAAAACAAAAAAACAAAUACAAAAUAAAGGCGCGGCCACAACAACAAAACUCAUGUACUCUUUUCAGAUGGAAAAAGAUCGUUUUCUCCCGAGCGCUAGAGGGCCCUGCUCCUGGUUUGAGAUGCACCAGUUCAUCGGUGACCUCAUGGCUUCUAGUUCGAACCCUGCGCCGGGAGGGAAGGACGCCUCGCAGCAGCAGCAGCAGGAGGCUGUGAGGACCAUGUGGGAGAAUGCAGCCGGGCUGAGCUUCAAACCUGUGGCUGCCUCUGCCACCCCCAAUACCACCGCCACCUCCACCCCCACCACCACCGCGGCCGCCGCCAAACCAGCCUUCAGUGGGGAGGGGGGGCCCCAGCCCGGGCUCCUGGCCUUCAAACCCCACCCCCCAGGCCCCAAGCCAGUUUACACCAUGGUGGGCUUACUGGAGCCACUGGCACAGCUGGGACCUGCAGAGCAAAGCAGGGGGACCCCCUCCACAGCCAGCAGCAGCAGCAGCAGCAGCAGCGGCCCCUUCGGUUCCCGGCACUGCCCGGACUGCCUGAUCGAUUUCCCGGAUCUCAAGUGGAAGGAGCGGCACAUGAAGAGGCUGCACCCGGAGCAGUACGAGGCGGGGCGGGGCAGGCUGCUUGGGGGCGGGGCCGGGUCCUUCCACGCCUCCUCGGAGCUCAACCAACUCCAGCAGCAGCAGCUCCAGCAGCACCAACAGCAGCAACAGCCUGGAGGCCAGUCAGCAGACAAGCCCUGCCACUGCUACUGCUGCCCGCACUGCCCAGCCUCCUCCCGGCGCCUCUCCCGGCCAGCGGGGGGCGCCGCCCCCACCCCUUACCCCUGCCCCGAGUGCGGGCGUCUCUUCAACAGCAGCAGCAACCUGCGUGUGCACCAGCAUGUGCACUCGGGGGCCCGGCCCCACACCUGCCAGGAGUGUGGGAAGAGCUUCAGCCAGUCCGGCUCGCUGAGGAUUCACCAGCGAAUCCACUCGGGCGAGCGGCCCUACGCCUGCCCCUUCUGCGGCCGCGCCUUCCCCCACCUGGCCGGGGUGCGGGCCCACCAGCGCACCCACACCGGGGAGAGGCCCUACGGCUGCCCCCAGUGCGGCAAGAGCUUCUCCCAGUCGGGCGCCCUGCGGGCUCACCAGCGCACCCACACCGGGGAGAAGCCCUACGUGUGCCGGGUCUGCGGGAAGGGCUUUGCCAACCCGGCGGGACUCCGCUUCCACCAGCAGCGAGCUCACCGCAGCCCGGAGGAGCAGGGCCGGGCGUACCGCUGCGAGGACUGCGGACUCGGGUUCAAGGACGCCAGGAGCAGGAACCGGCACCAGAAGCAGGUUCACUACGGGGCUGGGGAGGGGGAGAGCAGUGGGAGCGGAGAGGGGGCGGAAGAGGAGGGCAGUGCUGGGCUCCCCUCCCGUGAUCACCUGACCCCCCACCACGGGGUAACCUUUCCCCGUCGUCACACCUCCAACUGA